AUGUUUCUUGUGUACCAGUCUUAUGGACUUCCUGCAGCAGUUCCAGCAGCACCAACAAUCCUCGCUUCGCAACCGUCAGUAGGCAGUUAUGCAACAUUAGUACAACAACCACCACCACCACCACCACCACCGAUAUAUGCAAUACAACCUCCACCAGCAGCACCAAUGUUGGCAGUACAGCCGCAAGCAGCAACAUACGCGUCUUUUACCCCACAGGCUGUUCCUAUAAUGGCACCAACACCGGUUAUCGCACCACCACCAGUUAUAGCACCAGCACCUGUUAUAGCACCGCCACCAGUUAUAGCACCAGCACCAGUCAUAGCACCUCAACCAGUCGUUGGACCGACACCAGUUAUAGCACCACAGCCAGUCGUAGCGCCGCAGCCAAUUGUAGCACCACCACCAGUUGCUGUGCCGCCGCCGAUCGCGGCACAACCACCAACGAGUUAUGUGCCUCCAGUUCAACCGACAUAUCAGAGCUUUGUACCACCACCACAACCGACACCAGCACAAAAUCCAAUCUAUGCUUCAACUCCGCAACAGCCAGCGUACCAGAGUUUUGCACCGUUACCACAACCAGCGUCAAUGGAAGCUCCAAUAUAUUCUUCAGUUGCGCAACAGCAAGGUAACAUAUCAUUAUCGUUUACAUUGGAAACAGGCUUUAAAAUUUUCUGUUUAGCUUUCAAAGGGUUCACUCAACCAGCUGGAUCAUUUCCAUCACCUGUACCAGCGGCGCCUCUCCGAUCAAACGCGUAUUCGGAUUUUCGACCAUUGAGUUCACCAAGCCCAUUACCGCAACCUUCAUUACAGCGACAACAACAGAGCGGUAAAAUUCGAUACUUUUCAUAA